AGCCACGGCUCUGCCUAGAUAAAAGCUGGGUCUGCGCAGAGCUCUCCCAAGCACUGCUCUGGCCUCCUCCUCCUUCAGGAACAGGAGCACCGUCCCAUCACACCAAGAUGUCUUGCUACGACCUGUGCCCACCAAAAACCAGCGUCGCCGUGCCCCAGCCCAUCGCUGAGAGCUGCAACGAGCUGUGUGCGCGCCAGUGCCCCGACUCCACUGCCUUCAUCCAGCCGCCACCCGUCGUCGUCACCUUCCCUGGCCCCAUCCUCAGCUCCUUCCCCCAGCAAGCCGUGGUGGGCUCUUCCGGAGCACCCGCCUUUGGGGGCUCCCUGGGCCUGGGGGGCCUCUAUGGUGCCGGGGCCACGCAGGGCUCGGGGGGCCUCUGCACCUUUGGCAGGCCCUACGUUUCUCCUGCCUGCGGUCCCUGCCCCUUGCCCCGCUACAGCAGGAAGCUGUGGAACACCUGCGGGCCCUGCUAA